AUGUUGAUGACCCGAAGAUUUCUUCCCUGGACCAUCGACUUUAAGAGAACACCUGCUGCAGACAAACGAAAUGAAGAAAAUGCCCGGGCAGCCUUUGAUGGCUUUCCCCCAAUCAUUGGUCGCUUCUCAGAUAUGAAUCACACCCCAAUCAAUCCACCCAAUCCUUCAAUUACAUCUGAAGCCCAUGACGUGCUCUUCAAAGGAUAUGUACCAGGACAAUCGUACGAGACUUGGAUCGAGCCGGACCUUGAAGGCUUCCGCCACAGUCAGCGCCAUGAAGUCAGUUGGGGCCGCAGUCUAAUCUACAACCAGCCUCGGUCUACAGCAACAGAAGUUCCAUGUGCGCCCAUUGUCACAAUCUCGAAUCCCCAGAUAGAGGGGCCAAUUUCUUUGGGACUGGAUGGAAUAUCAAAUGCCUCACACAUUGGAGAUCGAAACAAUACUUGGUCACCUGGUUCAUCGGACGACGAAUGGACUGGGCCGGAUCGGCGUCCUAUAUUUCGCAUGGGCCCUACCCGGGGUAUCAACCUGCAUCAAUCCACAACAACCGGGUUACCGCAGUCUCCAAUGUUCGGAGUACCCCGGCAGGCGAGUCAGUCAGAUCUCGAUCUCCAUACACAAGAUGGAUCAUUGCAUGCCGCAACGCUUGAGGAACAAGAAAACGAUUGGGGGUUGCUCUCCACUGCGGAAUGGGAGAUCAAGGCAUCCGAACAAGGCAAUGGAGGUCUUCAUAAUGCUAUUCGUGUUGCCAUCCGAGAAAGUGCAAUCAAAAAGAUGUACUGGGUGGGCACCCUCGGCAUGCCUAUCGAUUCAUUGACAGAGCCAACUCGGUCCCAUAUCACCAGGCAGUUGGAAACGACACGCGAUUGCUUGACGGUUUUUGUGGACGACAGUGAAUUUGUGGGUUAUUACAAUCAGUUCUGUCGCUCGAUACUCUGGCCAAUUCUUCAUUAUCAGAUGCAAGAGGGCCCUCGGCAUGUUGAAUACGAAGAAUUCGCCUGGGAGCAAUAUAUCAAGGUCAACGAGGAAUUCGCUGAUAUCAUCAUCCGAAAUUACAAAGAAGGGGACAAAAUUUGGGUCUUUGACUACCACCUUCUACUUCUUCCGGAAAUGUUGAGGUCCCGUCUACCCGGGGCUAAUAUUGGCUUUUUCUUGACUACGCCAUUUCCUUCUUAUGAAGUUUUUCGAUGCUUGUUUUCACGCAACGAUUUGCUGACCGGAAUGCUAGGCGCUGAUCUUGUUUCAUUCCAGACAGAGGAAUAUUGCGCACACUUUGUCCAAUGUUGCUGCCGGCUGUUGGGACUCGAAAUGGUGAAAAGUGGGCUUCAAGUCCGGCAUCGUCGUGUCAGUCUCUGGCAUGAGCCUAUGCAGAUUGAUGCUGCCUAUUUACAGCAUGUUCGCCAGACACAUGAGGUCAAGGCCUGGAUGACUACUAUUAACAACGCAUACCCGGGGAAACGCCUCAUUACAGCGCGCGAUCGAAUGGAUGUACCAGGGGCAGUCAAACAUUCACUUCUGGCUUUUUACGAACUCCUGAAGACAUAUCCUCGAUGGAGAGGUAUUGUUACUCUUGUCCAGGUCAUAUCUGCAGCGCCUGAAACCCGGGACGUAGUGGACGAGAUUGUGAACAUUGCAACGAUGAUCAAUGUCAGUUAUGCGUCUGUCUAUUAUGAUCCCUUGGUGUUGGUUUUGCAAGACAUGAAGUACUCCCAGUUUAUCGCCCUGCUGAGCCUUACAGAUAUCUUCGUAUCCAUGUCCCAACGCGAGGGAAUGAACUUGACCUGUCAUGAGUACUUCCACUGUCAAGGCCGAUCGCAUUUCGGAUCCAGCUUUGGGUCAAUAAUCGUGAGCGAGUUCGCAGAAACUGGAGCGCUCAAAGCUUCCUUCACAUGCAACCCAUGGGACUACAAAAAUUGUUCCAAAACGAUCAAUCAAGCACUGGAGGAGCCAUUGAAGAGUCGUAGAAAAAGGUGGCAUCAACAAAAGAAUACAAUGGAAUAUAUGAGGCACGGUUGGAUGGACUGGCUGCAAUCCAGACUCCGAAUAGCCUGCAAGACUCGAUACCCUCCCCAAAGCGACGCUUAUCCGUUGAUAUUUCGUGCCGUGGCACACCUCUCUAACUGCGCAAGCUCACGCCUUUUUCUUCUCGAGGAUGGUUGUCUCUUUGGCGAAGGCCCAGGGGAUAUGUCGCUGGAUACCUUGAAGAGUAUAGAAACUCUUGCUAUGAACCCCAGCAACAUUGUCUACAUAACCAGCAGGCGAAGUAGGAUUCAAAUGCAACACGUCAUCGACACUCUUCCUGUCAAUGUCGGAUAUAUUUUCGAAUGCGGAUGCCAGAUCAAAUUAUCUUGCGAAUCCCAGUUUCGUUUUUUCCAAGAUCGAAAUACACAUGGGUGGUUGAAUGGAAUAUGGCACAUCAUGAGACUCUAUGAAGACCGAGUGGGUGGAGAUUGCAUUGAACGAAGAGACUGCUCCAUGGUAUUCCAUUACGGCGCUGCAGAUGACUACCCAGCCGCACUCCGAUUCGGAAAUGAGCUAGCCUUCCUAGCCAGAGCUUUGCGCGGCAACGAGUCCUACAAAAUCAUUCACAAAAACGCCUCCAUACACGCCGAGCCUGAUAUGAAUAUCUCCAUGGAAUCUGGUAUUGAGUUUGUCAUGAGCACAAUCCCGAAACCUCAACAUCCAGAGUUUGUCUUUGUCGUCGGGGGAGUUUGCGGCACGAAUGCCUUGUUCCGCUGGGCAAAUCGUAAACAAUGCGAUAUCAAAACACCCCCUCAUCAUGCGACCAAGGGCAGCAGGAGUCCUGCUGCUCCCUUCUCGUAUGUCUACACAGUUGGUAUGGGAUUGUAUGUUGAGGAUGCAAGGUUCAAGCUGCCGAUGGACAGGUCACUGAUGAAUAUACUGGAAACUUUGGCUAGUGCACCGCAUGCUUCCGCACCUCCAGUGAGAGGAAGCACAUGA